AUGGUAGUGGCGAGCUCGUGUAUCUGUAUCACAUGUUAUAGUAUGUGUCGGUCGUGUAUUUCCUUUCAUCGGAGCCAGCGUCCCUGCGCGCUGUGCUCCGAUCAUGUUGUCUACGUCACAAGGACCCAUCGCGAGUCGCGAGUCGUGCCUAUAUCUUUGCCAGCACUAGGUUUAGUCCUUGUAGGUAUUAAAGGAACUCUGAUCGUUGAGACGUGUGUGUCUGUAUUCAGUAUUGUGCACGCCGUCGAGACUAAUGUGGGCGUGUUGCUAUCUCCUUGA